AUGGUUCGCGGCGUCGACGCGACCAACAAGACGCAGAGCGGCGGCCGGAUCAGCAGGCUCAACAAGUUCCAAACUAGGGCGCAGGCCAUCUCAAACGCGACGCGGGCCAUCCACGAGCGCGACAAGCGCGUCGCCGCCGCGCAGCGGGAGCUUCGGUCUCGCGAGGACGCCCAGGCCGCAGCGCGGCUCGCGAGACACUCUGGCUAUGACCCGAAGGGGUCACUACUGUCAGACGGCGAGGCCGCGGCUCUCGCAGACAGGCGUCGUCGAGAAGCCAAAGCGGCGAAGGCGGCUCGGCUGCUCCUCGUGGCGGACGGCUACGUCGAGGUGCGGGGCGAGAGCGCGUACAAGCGCGGCCGCGUCCCCUCCGACGUGGCCGCGGCGUACGAGUCGCACAAGCAGGCGUUGCGCGCCGUCAUCUCCGCGGGCGCAGCCCCGUACCGCACCGCAGAGCUGCUCGAGCAGCCGCGGCACCAGGGCUUCAGCUGGCAAACCUACGCCAAGUACGCCAUCCCGCUCGACGGCUCCGACGUCGCCGCGCACGGUCUGCGCUUCCUCCCCUUGCUCGCCUUUCUCGACUCGACGCACUUUGCGGCCACGCACGCGUACCUCGCGCUGAUGCGGAGGCACCGGCUGCGGCGAGGCGACUUUACCGAGGACUCGCUCGGCCAGGCGCAGCUCGCAGAGAUCCGCACUCGCGGUCUGUCUGCCCACGGCCGCUACGGCACGUGGGUCCUCGACGACGGCGACGAGCGCGUGAUGGACCCGCUGCGCUCUGGGGCGAGGGCGGUGCUGCGCCUGUGGGCGGCGGUUUGA